UUUAGGGUGGUCUACGAAGGCAACGAACUGCAGUGCGAAGCCUGUCCUCAGUACCACGUUGCCUCUCGAGAUAAGCUAAAUUGCGUUCCUUGUUCAAAUUCCUCUCUUUACAAUGCCACCACUAGGGAAUGUGAGCCAUGCCUUAACUCCAUGGAAAUUUUGUCAGAUAGGUUUAACGACGGGACGUCCUUAGGUAGUAUGGAAUGUGUGAUGUGUUCGAAUGAUAGCAUUCCCGGUGAUGGUGCUUGCGUUCCCUGUCACUCUUCGUUUUACAGUGCCAGUGGAGGAUCGUGCCUUUGUCCUAAAACGCACGUUGCAUUAGAGGGAAUUUGCAUUCAGCAAGCGGAUGUUGAAAAGGUGCCCGACAAAGAGAAUAGUUAUGUUGUUAAUUAUGAUAAUGGUGUAAAAGUCUUGUCUUCUUUUUAUGAGGCUAAUUUCCAGAUGGCUGCUGCUCUUUGUACUUUUUCAAAGAAUUCAACCGCGUGUCAGCUCCUCAGCAAUUUGUGUGUUAUGCUACAUUACACAUUUGAUGAUGAUGAUAAUGCAUGUCAUUUUUAUAGGGAACAGUUUGGCGAUAAUUUUAUAAACAUUCCAGAUCACGUCCCGUGGUUGUACUAUACAGAGGGCGAGGCAAAGGUAUAUCUUUCAAAAACUCGACUAAAAACCUAUUACAGUUUUAGGAAAAGUGACCCAGACUCCAGAUUAAAUUUCACAGUAGCAAAGUACUCGGCUGAUGGUACGUUGCUGCAGUAUGGGAGACUGGAAGACACGUUAACACUGUGCCCUUUAAUUGAUUAUCAUCUGAACACAGUGGUCAGAUUUGGGACAACAUUCUCGAAGACUUGCCAUAUUAAGGUUAAGGAUUUAUGGGAUUCUUAUGAGACUGUUUUUUAUGAUGUUUUUCUUCAGUAUUAUGAUGAUGAUGAACAAAUGAUCUAUGCAGUGCCAGUUUUAAAUCUUAAUUACAAGGAAGAUGAAAUAUUCAUUAACCAGAAAGGUGACAGACAGUGGCAGUUAACUCGUCGAUUUUUCAUUAUUGACAAUUUGAGUGGGAAGGGAAGUCUUUCCCUGAAGACUCGCGACUAUAAUCAGAGAGCAAGGGUAGUUAGAUAUGCUCAGAGCAUUGAAAUCGUUAUUCAGCUUCGUGAGGAAGGAAGUUAUGGUCAGAUAUAUCCUCCUCUUAUUAAGGUUGUCUAUGGUGAAAUUAAUGAUGAAUUGUAUGACUCUGAUGACAAUGUGGAGACAACGUUGCGUGUCACUUAUACAAUGGACUACACUAAGAUACAAGAAGAUUUGUCCAUUGCUGUUGGUGUCAUGAGUGCCUUUGCUACUCUUUGGUCUCUAGUAGCCACUUGGAGUUGGUCAAGACGUUGCGGAAAAUUAAACAUAGAUGUACCCACCAUUAUUCACUUUAUAUUAACCAUUUGUGGUAAUCUUGCAAACAUAUUUUUUAUUGUAAUGUUUUUCUCAUGUUUUUACUGGACCAUAUUCUUUAAGAGACAGGAUGUAGUGCAUUUGUUUUUGCUUACUGAGACUCAAGAAGAAAUUGUAAAACAGUACAUGAUAGCUGCCUGUGUCUUAAAGUUGUUUCAGGUCAUAUAUAUCCUUAUUGUCCAAGUUACCCUUGACAUGUUCAUAAUUGAUUGGGAACAGCCCCGGGCUAAGAAUUCUCUUCCACAUCCACAGAUCUCUGGGAAUGUAAAUGAUGAAAAAGGAAGUAAGGGAGAACAGAACCCAAUUAGUAUUUGGAGAACAUAUUUCAUAGCAAAUGAGUGGAAUGAAUUACAGACUCACAGGAAAAUAGAUCUUGGUUGCCAGCUCUUCAUAACUUUGAUCUUUUUGAAAGUGUUUGGGUUUGAAAAUUUUGCCAUUGCUGAUCCAAGGUCUUAUCUUAGCCUUGAAGAUACAGAUUAUGUUCCUCCUCAGAGUUAUGUUUGCAGAUUUGCUGUAAGUAUAACAAUAUAUGGUAUAAUUGCAGCACUUCAGUGGAUAUAUAAAGCAGCAUUCUAUGAAAGAUGUAUAGAAAACAAGCUCCAACAAUUUGUUGAUUUGUGUUCCAUAGCAAAUAUUAGUAUAUUUAUACUUGAACAUAAAAUGUAUGGAUAUUACAUUCAUGGAAGAUCUGUUCAUGGAUAUGCGGAUGUUGAUAUGCACUCCUUUUAUGAGCAGCUGAAGAGGGAAGAAGAAGAUCUUUGUGGACACAGGGGACUCGAGCCUUCGAGUGAAUGUCAGACAUUUGAAGUAGCCAUUACCAACAGAUUUCGUGAGCAAUAUGACCACAUAUUGCAACCAGUCAAAGGUUUUAUUGGAAUGAAAAGACAAGGCAAUCAUGGUAGAAUGCCUUCUAGUGAGAUGGAACAAAGUUUUCAAGCACAUGAAACUAUGAAAAGGUUUUUUGGAAUGUUUCUCCAGCAUGCUGUGAAAGAUUUAGAUUAUAUUGUAAAAGACAAGUUAUUCCUUGAAAGUUUGUUAGACCUAGAGUUUCAAGAGGUUGAUGAGAGAUGCCUUUUCUUUCGUGAUAAUAACCAUUGUUUUGAUAAGGUUUUAUUUUGUGGACAUGAAGUUUCUUUCGUAAUGUUUGAGCUUCUGCUUUUCACUUUUGUUGAUCUGCUCUCUUAUGAUUUUGUAUUGUCGGCUGUUGUUACCUUCAUUGUUUCCUACUUUAUUAAAAAGAUUCGCUUUGCUGGUGGUCGAAAGAAUGUUGUUAGUAAAACGUUAGUGGACCAAAGAUUUUUAGUGUGA